AUGACGGCUCCCACCGCACAAUGCCUGAAAAGGCUACAAAUUGAGUUGCGGAAGCUCAACGCGGAAGGGGAGCUGCCGUUUCGGGUGGGUGCCGAUCCACAGAACAUGCUGCGUUGCUACUUCGUCGUGGAUGGACCUGCCGACACACCAUACGAGGGUGGCCGCUACGUGGGGCUCAUUGAGAUCCCGUCUGACUACCCGUUCAAGCCACCGAGUGUGCAAAUGUGCACCCCGAGCGGGCGGCUCAAGACGGGCAUGCAGAUUUGCCUGUCCAACAGCUCCUAUCACCCCGAGAACUGGUCCCCGAUGUGGGGGCUCCGCACCAUCCUCAUCGCACUCGUGUCUUUCUUCGCUUCAGAGGAGCCGACGACAGGCUCGAUGAGCGCCACCGCUGAGGAGCGACGCAAGUAUGCGGCGAGCAGCAGAAAGUACAACGUGAAGCGCCUCCAUGCGGUGUACAAGCGCGUGUUGCCCGACGCCUUUGCAGCGGACGCAGCCUUCAUCGAGGAUGAUGACAUCUCUCCACAGGGUGAAGACAGUAGCAGCAACAGCAGCGGUAGUGAGGAGGAGGCUACUGAAACUGAAGAAGCGCCGGCAGGCGCGAAAUCUGAAGCCGCUGCACAGGAGCGUACGACUUCUCGCGAGACAGCUCCCGUUCCGACUAAGAAAACCCCUGGUAACGGAAAAGGUGAAGCUACAGACACUGUGGUGGCAACCGCCUGUGCCGCUGCCCAGAAGCCCCGUCGUCAUCAUCAGGACAAGAACACUUCUGGCGCCGUAGCCCAACGAGGCGGUCAGCUGCAGUGGCGCCGAUACGCUUCCCUCAUUGUUUUGUUUGCUAUUGGGCUGGGUCUCCUGCGACAACUGCUGUGA